AUGAAGAGCGAUACAAAAUUGGACCUUUAUGAAAUCCUGGGGGUGAAGAAAAAUGCAAGCGUAAAGGAAAUUGCCAAGGCGUACAGAAUACUGGUACUAACGUACCACCCGGAUAAGUUUGCCGCCAGGAGGGGCAAGGUAGUAGGGGAGAAGAGCAAGACAGGCUCGGAAGAGAAGGAGAACGGAAAGCUAGACGUACUUGAUAAAGAAACAGUAGACGAGGAGGUGAACGAUGGGGAAGAGGAAACGCUCACCCUGGAGAAGUGCAAGGAAAUGUUUCUUCAAAUACAAAAGGCAUACGAAAUAUUGAGAGACCCGGAGAAGAGGAAGAAUUAUGAUGAGUACGGAUUGGAGGAUGAUGAAUAUAUAGAAUUUAAAAAUUAUUUAAACCCCAAGUUAUUUCAUGAGAGAAUUAAAGUAGAGGAUAUAUUAAACUAUGAAAAGAAAUACAAAAAUAGUUCAGAUGAGAAGGAGGACUUGCUCGAAUUUUACAACAAAUUUAAUGGAAAUUUAACACACAUUUUGGAGUACAUUCCAUUCAGUGAAGAAGCAGAUUUGACAAGGUACAUAGAUAUCUACAAUAGUUUAUUCAAGUCCAAGGAAAUUAAGAAAACUCCUGAUUAUGAUAAGACUCUAAAAAAUAUCAACAACAUUAUUAAAAAAUAUUCCAAUUUGAAGAAAAAGGAUUCAAAAAUGAAUAAGAAAAGGAAAAAUUCUACCCCCCCCCUUGACGAUUUGGUUUUGGCCAUUCGAAAUAAUGAAGCGAAGAGGACGAUAAAAAUAAACAACCUGCUUUCCAACAUUGAGAAAGAAUACCAGAAAAAGAACCCCAAGAAGAGAAAGAUUAAGCCACCCACGGAGGAAGAGUUGAACGAAAUUAGCAAGCGGCUCGAGGAGAAUAAAAAAAAGAACGCUGCGUCCAAGAAGUUGAAGAGUGCAUGA